CGGCCGCUCCGGGAAUCCGGGCCCCCUUCCUGGCUGCUAUCGGCCGCUCCGGGAAUCGGGGCCCCGAUCCAUGACGCUGGCUGCUAUCGGCCGCUCCGGGAAUCCGGGCCCCCAUCAAUGACGCUGGCUGCUAUCGGCCGCUCCGGGAAUCCGGGCCCCCAUCCUGGCUGCUAUCGGCCGCUCCGGGAAUCGGGGCCCCGAUCCAUGACGCUGGCUGCUAUCGGCCGCUCCGGGAAUCCGGGCCCCCAUCCAUGACGCUGGCUGCUAUCGGCCGCUCCGGGAAUCGGGGUCCCGAUCCAUGACGCUGGCUGCUAUCGGCCGCUCCGGGAAUCCGGGCCCCGAUCCAUGACGCUGGCUGCUGUCGGCCGCUCCGGGAAUCCGGGCCACUCUCACUCGCGCCCGCCAUUUGCUGCAAGUCCCGGCCUUGAGGGUUUUCCCUCUGAGCCCCGAGUGUUGGGGGUGGCUUGGGACUGGUGGAGGGAAAGUGAAGGGCAGGGGACCUCAGGCUAAAUGGCAAGCCCAGUAAAAGAUAACUACAGAAUGAAAAGCUACAAGAACAAAGCAUUAAACACUCAGGAAAUGCGAAGGCGACGAGAGGAAGAGGGAAUCCAGCUACGGAAACAGAAAAGGGAAGAGCAGUUGUUCAAACGCAGAAAUGUGGCAGUUCCUGGUGGUGAUGAAGCCAUGUUUGAAAGCCCCAUUCAGGACCCUGAUGUAAGCUCUACUGUAGUAUCUGUACCAGGGGAAGGUGUAAUCACAAUGGAAAUGGUACAGAUGAUAUUUUCAGAAGAUCCCGAUCAGCAGCUUGCAGCUACACAGAAGUUUCGGAAAUUGCUUUCAAAAGAACCUAAUCCUCCCAUAGAUGAGGUCAUAAAUACACCUGGUAUUGUGCCGAGAUUUGUGGAGUUUUUGAAGAGGAAUGAGAAUUUUACCCUCCAAUUUGAGGCUGCAUGGGCUUUAACAAACAUUGCUUCUGGAACAUUUCUCCAUACUAAAGUAGUUAUAGAAGCUGAUGCCGUUCCUAUCUUCAUUGAGCUACUUAAGUCCGAAUACGAGGAUGUGCAAGAACAGGCAGUCUGGGCACUGGGCAACAUUGCGGGGGACAAUGCUGAAUGCAGAGACUUUGUGUUAAAUUGUGGAAUUCUUCCACCUCUCUUACAGUUAUUAACUAAAUCGAACCGUCUUACUACAACAAGAAAUGCUGUGUGGGCUUUGUCCAACCUCUGCAGGGGAAAAAAUCCACCCCCAGAUUUUGAUAAGGUCUCACCUUGCUUGAAUGUAUUGUCAAGACUUUUAUUUAGCAGUGAUCCUGAUGUCUUGGCUGAUGCUUGCUGGGCCCUUUCUUAUCUUUCCGAUGGACCCAAUGAGAAAAUACAAAUAGUUAUUGAUUCUGGAGUUUGCAGGCGAUUAGUGGAGCUUCUGAUGCAUAAUGAUUAUAAGGUUGUAUCACCUGCACUGAGAGCUGUUGGAAACAUAGUUACUGGCGAUGACAUCCAGACACAGGUGAUUUUGAACUGCUCUGCACUUCCCUGCCUCCUUCAUUUGUUGAGCAGUCCGAAAGAAUCUAUACGGAAGGAAGCUUGCUGGACAGUUUCCAACAUCACUGCUGGGAAUAGAGCACAAAUACAGGCUGUAAUAGAUGCAAAUAUUUUCCCAGUGCUGAUUGAUGUUCUCCAAAAGGCUGAAUUCCGCACAAGGAAGGAAGCUGCGUGGGCUAUCACAAAUGCAACUUCCGGGGGGACUCCAGAACAGAUCAGGUAUUUAGUGGAAUUGGGCUGCAUCAAGCCUCUCUGUGACUUGCUUACAGUCAUGGACUCCAAAAUAGUGCAAGUUGCUUUGAAUGGACUAGAAAACAUUCUGCGAUUAGGAGAGCAAGAGGCCAAACAGAAUGGAACUGGCAUCAAUCCAUACUGUGCACUUAUUGAAGAAGCCUAUGGUGAGAAAACUCCUGAUAACAGAGCAAAUAGCCUCGACAAAAUUGAAUUUCUCCAAAGUCAUGAAAAUCAGGAAAUCUAUCAAAAGGCCUUCGACCUGAUUGAGCAUUAUUUUGGUAUAGAGGAAGAGGACUCGAGCAUUGCACCACAAGUGGAUGAAAACCAGCAACAGUUCAUCUUCCAGCAGCAAGAGGCCCCAAUGGAAGGGUUCCAGCUCUAAAUGCAUGAUUGAUGAAAUUGUCUAUAAUACCGCCGUUACACCACAUUCAGAAAGAACUUCAUAAAUCCUCAGAGCCAAAAUCAUGACGAAGCUGCUGUAGUCCAGUUUAAAAUUAGAAACAUUUUUGAAAGGGCGAAAAUUUGAGGCAGCUUAUGCACUUUUCUAUUUGCAGUUUAAGGUUAAAUUUAAACUGGGGCUGUUGACUUUCAUGUUUCGUAUUUAAUAUUCAUUUAAGUAUCUGGGGUCAUAACAAUCUGAACUCUAUCUGAAUUGCUCCAAAGAUAAAGGUGUUGGAAUAGUAGACUCACCUAUAUUUAAGCUGAAAUUGCAGCCAUCCAAACGUACUGUUUCAUUUAACUGUUUACAGCCCUAAUUUAAACAGAAUACUUAUUUAUUCUUUGUUUCUAGAGCCUCAAAAGCUGUUAGAGUGUGGUACACUUUGUGUUGAAUAAUGGAGUUGAAGUCUAAACCUAUUUGACCAAAAUCCUUUCUAAAGGUCCUGCAGUUAUAUUGCUCUUAUUUAAAUUUUCAGAUUUGUAAAAUACAUGGUUUGAGCAAAUUACUUAGCACUGCAACUUUCAACACUAGUAUCUGUAAAUAAAGUUUACAGGUACACCCCCUGCCCCGCCCUAAUGAUAGAUCUACCUCUCUUUAAAUUAAGACACAAUUGUUUAAAAGUUCCUGACUUGUUGAACUAUUUACUAUAGUACAGGUCAAUUACAUGUGAAUGAAAACAAUGAUUAUCAGCAUUUGCUAGGCUAUAUUUCAAUAUGGAAAUCUGUAAAUUUACAUUGUUUAUAACUUGCUGGAAGAUAAUUUCAUAAGUGCACACUCUGAACAAGAAACUUGAAAUUGUAGCAUUACAAACUGCACAUCAUGUUGAUAAUUGCAUUAAGGGUGUGUAGAAUACACGAACGAAUGUUGUAGAGAGUGAAAUAACUGGCAAUCAUUGGAACUCUUGUACGGUCACCUAAUUAGGAAUACAUGAUCAGUAGUGAUAUGUAAAUUUAGCUCUCUUUUCUCAUUUGCUUGCUAGCUCUCAUUCUUUUCCUUUCCAUUCUUCUUCCCCCACCCCCAGCCCAAAGAAAAAUUGCAUUAAAACUUAAGUGGAGAUAUAACGAUUCUUCAAUUUGGGAAAUCAGCUCAAGUAAAUUUAGCAGGUUUUGACUAAAGAAUUUUGAAUAAAUGGGUACAGGUUACUGGUUAAAGUGGGAUUUUAAGAACAAUGCUGUUUAGUCUUAUUAUUCAUUCACCAUAUUUUCUCUUAAUGAGCACUACUACUGAAAUUCCCUUUGUCUUAUUCACUUGAGGUAAUAAUUUCUCUAAAUACCAGAUAUGUGUAUGAACUACUGCAGAAUAACUCUUGCCUUAUGUUUACUUCAUCACUAAUUCGAUUGGUCGAAUUAGAACUUCCAACUGAUGUUAAAAUUAUUAACUAUCUUGUUACACUAAUCUUCAAGACUCAAUAAUCCUCUUGAAACCCUCAUUAUAAUCUACAAUUUAAAAUCGCAGUCAGUUUCAGAUAUCAUUCUCAUCUCUGUUGCAACAUCCUAAGAUUUUGUUUCUGCCUUGCAAUGGACAAACAGUUUAAAGAAUGUUGCACUGUGAUUGAUUUUUAUAAAAGCAAAAUUGUUUUGUGUGCUUAAAGGCUCAAGUAAAAAUAUACAAAACAUUUAUUGGUUUAAUGUUUCUUCCCUACUAAAAUCCAAUGUUAUCCACCAUUCCAGCAAGAGUCCUUUUUUAAAAGUUUAUCCAGUUAUAGGUGGGGGACUGCACUGCUAAAUUAAAUAAUUUGAAAGAAAAUAAAUUUGGUUAAAUCUAGGAAUGCAUAACUUUAAAAAAAUGUUUAAGCUAAUUCUAUUCUGUAUUCACUAUAUUGAUUUUUGAUUUUGAAUUUUUCACUAUUGAAAUGCAUAUUGAAUUUUACUUACCGGAAUUAAAAGUUAAUUUUGUUUUAUGCUAGUCUAUGGAAAAACAUGGCUAAAAAUGACUGGUAAUGUUAGGUGAUUGUUUAACAUUUUUGUGGAGCAUUCUCUUGUUAUUUUAAGGGAGGCACAUGUGACAAAUGCGUUAUUGGUCAUCCACAGAUGUCGAUAGUAAUUCUUAAGAGUAUCUCAAAGGGGACAGAUUGUUAAUCUGUUAAAGCCCAGGUGAAAAAUGAUAUGCCAAAUUUGUUCUAUUAUGAUGAAAUGUAACUGCUGAGUGCUGGUAAUUGUGUACUAUUGUGUGCAUAUAUAUUAUAUAGAAAAAUCAGCAUUUGGAAAGGCGUUUCUUGCUACAUUAUUAGAACGCAUACAGUUGUAAUUUGCAAUAUGUUCAUACAACAAAGACAUCCCUUCUGUGAAUGUCCUGUUUUAUUUGAGUUGUAUAAGGUGUUUUUCAGUGCAGCUGGUGCAUUUUAAUGAAAAGUGUCUUCUGCAACGUAUACCAUUUAUAGGUUCAAGGGGGAAGAAAAUUUUAUUUUGAAAUUGCAUUUGUAGCUGUUUGAGCCUUGGAUAAAGCUAAACUCUAGAAAUUUAUAGACAGUAAUACAAAGUUAAAAAGAAAGUAAUAUUUGCACGUACUAUUUAUGCAUGGCUGUUUUGAUAUAUAGUUCUAUCACCAAGGCUACAUGCACAAUGUAUAUUACUUGAUUGCUACCAUGUCAUUGCUACUAAAAGAUUACUCACUUAAAUUUGCACAGUAUUUGACCUACAACCAAAUCUUAAUUUAAAAUCUCCAACAGUAUUAUUUCAAAUGAAAUGCUGGAAAGUAUUUUUGUCUAGUAAAAGGAGUCUUAAUAUUUAGCAUGAGACUACUUCAAUUUCAUGAACACUUAACUGGGGAAAAAAAUUUAAUAUGUAUUUAAAAAUUCUAUGAAGGGAUAUCUAUUUUGCAUUUUCUUUCUUAACUGAAGCAUUCUUUUCCCUUGCCCCAAUCUUCUAAUUGCAAAUUUAUACAGUGGUUUUGCUCAGAUGCCAUGUUUGUAUACGUGCUGUAGAAUUGAGAAAUCAGAAUACAAAUGCUGAAAUGGCAAUGAUCAGAAAAGAUUUGUUGGAGCAUUUUGUGUUGUAGUUUUUGAUUGCUGCAUUAGCUAUAUGUUAAACUCUGUGCCUCACUUGUCGAGCUCAAUUUAGUAUUGGCUACCUAGCUGUCCCUUGUAUCCUACAAAAUAAUGUAAGCCUGAAACUAAUAUUACUGAACUAAUGCAUCUGAAGGCAGAAAGAAGUGUUUACUACAGCUUCAUUUAUUAGACAAACUAUAAUUACAGUACAUCUAUACCAGCAAUAGUUACAUAAAUCAUGGUGAAAGGCUUCAAAGUUUGAAAAAUCUGUGCUCUAAAUUAACACAUCUACAUCAUUAAAGCUAAUGUUUGUUUGUAUAUAUUUUUUUACGAUGACCAGAGCUGUACAGUUUGACAUGAGUAUUCAUGCUUUUGGAUAUAUUUUCUCUCAUUUAGGAUUACUUUUUUCUACUGUUGCUGGCAACAGCCCUGGAAUCAACAGCCCUAAAUCAGUUUUCCCCUCUCCUCAGCACCACCCCCUCCCUACCCAUUCCUGUUCUCCUUUAAUUUGAACCUCUGAACUUGUAUUAAAUCAAAAUUAAGUUGAUAAACCAAACCAAGAUAGGAAACAGUAAAUAUCAUGCAAAAAAACUCGAACCUUGAUUGUGCAUUGUUUGCAUAUGUGCUCAGGAUGUUGAUUUUUUUCUUCCACUUUUGGGCUGGGAAUAGUUUUCUAGUGAAUAUCUUGCAAACAUACACAAGCUAAUGGAUUGAGUUGCAAUGGAAUGUAUUAGAUUUGGUAAUGUCUGGAAAGCGAAGAAAAAAAUAAAAUCCAUUCACAUGA